UCAUAUCGCAGUGGCUGAGCGGGAAUAGGAAGGAAGGCGGGAAGUCCAGGUACCGGGACCGGGAAGUACCGAGACAGUGUGAGACGUUGGUUAAUUGACAAGAACUGGUGGUGAACAGUGAAAUAUCAGGGCAUACAUACGUAUACAAGUUUAUAGGAAAUAAUCCCUAGACAUUAUUAGAAAUGGCCAGUGUACUAAGAGGAGUAGGAAGGUUUGGACACAAACUUAUCCGCCGAAGGGUUGUGGACUUCAACAAUCAAGAAACGUCUUUUGCUAGAUGCCUUACCACGUUGGAUCUAAUUGCCUUGGGUGUUGGCAGCACUCUCGGAGCUGGUGUUUAUGUUUUAGCUGGCGAAGUGGCCAAAGAGAAAGCUGGACCUUCUAUUGUACUCUGCUUUUUGGUUGCUGCCCUCUCUUCUGUGCUUGCAGGAUUGUGCUAUGCAGAAUUUGGUGCGAGAGUACCCAAGACUGGCUCUGCCUAUUUGUACAGCUAUGUCACUGUUGGUGAGAUAUGGGCUUUCACUACUGGAUGGAAUCUAAUCCUUUCCUAUGUUCUAGGUACUGCUAGUGUAGCAAGAGCAUGGAGUUCUACGUUUGACAAUGUAAUUGGUGGCCAUAUCACCAUUUUUUUCAAAGAGAGGAUAUCCAUUUCAGCUAAGGGUGUUCUAGCAGAAUAUCCAGACUUCUUUGCUUUGCUUAUAGUCAUUCUGCUAACAGUUCUGUUGGCUGUUGGGGUCAGUGAGUCUGCUCUAGUAAAUAAAAUCUUCACUGCAAUUAACCUCCUGGUCCUGGGUUCAGUUAUCGUUGCUGGGUUUGUGAAAGGAGAUAUCAAGAAUUGGAAUCUCACAGCAGAAGACUAUUUAAAUGCAUCCUAUGAGAAUCCCUCUAACAAUACUGGCAAGUUGGGCUCAGGAGGAUUUGUUCCAUUUGGCUUCACUGGUGUUGUGGCAGGUGCUGCUACCUGUUUUUAUGCUUUCGUGGGAUUUGACUGCAUUGCUACUACAAGUGAAGAAGCUAAGAAUCCCCAACGCUCCAUACCUAUAGGAAUCAUCGUGUCUCUGCUAAUAUGCUUUGUGGCAUAUUUUGGUGUGUCUGCAGCACUCACUCUAAUGAUGCCAUACUAUUUACUGAACAAAGACAGUCCUCUUCCAGAGGCUUUUAAAUAUGUGGGCUGGGAGCCAGCCCGUUAUGUUGUAGCCAUUGGCUCACUCUGCGCCCUUUCAACAAGUUUACUGGGCUCUAUGUUUCCUAUGCCCCGAGUGAUUUAUGCCAUGGCUGAGGAUGGACUGCUCUUUCGAUUUCUUUCGAGGGUUAACAAGAAGACAAAAACUCCUUUGAUUGCUACUAUUGUUUCUGGAAUUAUUUCAGCUAUCAUGGCAUUCCUAUUUGAGCUGAAGGAUCUUGUGGAUUUGAUGUCUAUUGGAACCUUGCUGGCAUACUCUCUGGUGGCAGUGUGUGUACUCAUCCUCAGAUACCAGCCAGAUGUGAUGAGUUCUAGCUGCAAGGAUACAGAAAUGGUGAAAUUAAAUGAACCUGAAACUGAGAAAGUGGCUGUGGAGCGCCAGGAUGUUCCUUCACAUGAAAACCCAUUCAACUUCAGGCACCUGCUGUUUCCAAAUAAGAGCUGUCCUACAAAAACUUCAGGCCUUAUUGUGUAUGGCUGUGUGUCUGUAAUCUCUGUUUUGUUCAUCUUGCUAUGUUUGCUCCUUGCCAAGAAGAUAGAUGACCUUCUCAAUGGAAGCUCCGUUUGGAUCACAUUGUGUGUCAUUUUGGCUUCGCUCUCUGCAGUGAUUACAUUGGUAAUCUGGAGGCAGCCUGAAAGCAAAGCACAUCUUUCAUUUAAGGUACCAGCCCUGCCAUUGCUGCCCCUCUUCAGCGUAUUUGUCAACCUGUUUCUCAUGAUGCAACUAGACAAUGGAACCUGGGCUCGAUUUGGUGUUUGGAUGCUAAUUGGCUUUGCUAUCUACUUCAUUUAUGGAAUACGAAACAGCACAGAGGAACAGGUCUCUAGAGAGAAUGGUGCUGAAAAGGCCAAACUCCACAUGUUAGCCAGUUCAGAAUCCAGGAACCAUUCAAGCAGUGUGUGUUGACCAAAUUUACUCGCUCUUAUGUAUAUUUAAGUAUGAAUGGUUGGUGAGCUAGAAAACGACUGAAGUGAAUUAGCAAGGUAUCUAUAAGAUACUCUAGAAGUGCUUAAAUUGACAUUUGUUUUUCUCUUUUUGUAUGAAGUUCCUUGUGUUGCUUUGUUUUGUUUUUUAAAUUGUAUUUAAAGUUUUAGGCUCCAUUAUGGAGAUAAAAGAUGUGUUACUGUUAGACCUGUCUUUUUUGUUUUCUUUUUUACCCCUUUAAAGGACUUUUUAAGCAUUUGAUUAUUUUUUUAGAAAUAUUUUUUGUUUCUAAGAAAAUAUUGUUAACAAGUUUUUGGGGAGGAGAAACCUUUAAUUUAAGUAUAUAGAUACUUUUGUGUAUUUAAUAUCUUCAGAUUUACAUCAUGUAAUGUAUUUAUUUUUUGUAUUGAUACUGCCAUGUGUUAAUAUUUGUAUAGAUGGGUAUUGUUUUUUUAUACAUUUUAGAAUAUUAAUGUACAACAUUUUCAUUGUGAAUUAUUUUAUAUAAUAAAGUUCAAUGUCCAUUUUUGUA